GCAGCUGAGCGGCAGAGAGGCUGCAGAGCCUCAGCCGGGGUUGGCAUCCUCUCUUCCUCCUCCUCCUCCUCUCCCUCCUCUUCCUCUGCCGGGCUUCAUGUCGCAUCCUGAGCGGACUGUGAGGUGGACUGAAGGUAGAAUGGGCCGAACCCCCCGGUCCCCUCUCUGACUCUGGACAUGGAUCCGACUUCUCCGCACACACGCAAAGACUAUGAGGUCCAUCUGAAGGGGCCGGCCAGGUGUGAAGACGAUGCCACAGUGCCCCCUGUGGGAGCUGCAGAGCUGCUGUCCUGCCCCCUCCUUUCUCUUCUUUUCCUGGAUGAUGGAGGGAGAGCCCUUCACCUCUGCCCUCUCCUCUCUGCUGUACUCUGCCAGCGGUCACUUUGUCGCCCUCUCCUCUGCCUCCUCUUCCUCCUCGGCCUCGUCCAAUUCGGCCAUCGCUGCCAUGUCGCUGGAGCAGAAGACUACUUUCGCCUUGGUCAUCUUCCUCUUUGUUUUCCUCCUCAUCCUCAUCGUACGAUGCUUCCGGAUCCUCUUGGACCCGUACAGGAGCAUGCCCACCUCCACCUGGGCUGACGGGCUGGACGGGCUGGAGAAGGGCCAGUUUGACUACACACUGGCUUAGACUACACACAAACACACAAACACACAAACACACAAACACACAAACACAAACAAGAACACUGCCGUUGCUAAUCUACACACACUUACAUACAAGCGGGGUGUUAGUGAGUCUGCCUGGAGUUUAUGGACACACAGAGGCAGAGACCACCACUGCUCCACAUCCUGCUGCCUUCAUGGUGUUUAAUCCCAAAUGCACAAGCAUACUGAACAGAUCACAAUGAGCUUUGAGACAAUUCCUCAGACUUCUUCUCCACAUGGAUCAUGAGGACUUCACUCCAGCCUCGAUGACUGUGACGAAGCAUUCGCUGCCAAGUUGAUACCCAACAAACAAAAUCUCUGCACAUCCAGAAAAAAAGAACCACACAACUUUGGAUGGUCAGGACAACUUUAAAGUCUGCUCAUCAGGUGGUCGGGUUAGAAGAUGUUUUGGUGUUCAGACCUUUGACUUUACGUUCAUAAAUGUCUCCAACUCGCCUGUUGAAGCCAAAACACCCAUCAACAGGUGCUGACGUGUUGCACAUUUGUAGCCAAAGUCUGUGCAGUGCAGAUCAGAAAGGGGAGCCGCGUGGUCCAGUCCUCAGAUGGGUCCAGUCCUCAGCAUCACAGAUUCUUGUGUGGGUUUGAAGCAGACACUCAUGGUUAUGGUGCGUUCAAUGACUCUUGUGUUAGUGCUUGUUACGUUUCAUCUCACAGUUCCUCCUCUACUCUGAUAAUCUGAGGCACACAGAACACUGAAGGAGCCUAAUUGGUCGACACAGCCGUCAAUCAUGGCCACCUUUUAUCUCAGAAAUCUGCCUUUAAGAUCAAA